CUUAUUCUUCCAUCUCUUCCAUCUCCCAAAUGUGUAUAUAUAAAUGCACACCACAAAAUUACCCGAGUAAAUUUAAAAACCACACUUUUUACUAAGGUGAAAAAAAUGGCGAGAUUUGCAUUCCUUUCUGGCUUUCUUUCACUGCUUCUCCCGCUACUCAUCGCCGCCGUGUCGGCCACCAACAAAAAUGACACCAAUCUGAUGUUGUGGGGCUGCUCCUCCACCACCAACCGCGCCCUGUGUCUCAACUACCUCAGGUCCGACCCCCGCAGCUUCGCCGCCGGGAGCUACACCGAACUCGGCAAAAUCAUGGCCGGGUUCGCGAUGGCCAAAGCCAAGGACACGCUCUCGUACGUCACAAAGUUGUCGGGCCCCGGUGGAAGGAUGACGGGGAAGGCUGCCGUCUCCGGCCUGGAGACCUGCCGCCGCGGUUACAGCCGAAUCAUAUCCGUGCAUAUUCCCAAUGCCCUCCGGACCCUCCCGGUGGCCGGGGAGGAGGAGGCCAGCCGGCGUUUGGGGGACGCCAUCGGGGAAGAGGUCGGGUGCGAGGAGGCGGUUGGAAAGAGCAGAGUCAAAUCGCUGUUGACGAAGAGGAAUAAAGAUUUCCAUGAUGUUACCAUUUUGGCCCAAGAUUUGUGGUUUUUGGUCUGGGGUUGAUUUUUUUUUUUUAAUUUAAUUAUGUGUGGUUGUGGAAGGUGUUUUCAUAGUUUAACAAUUGUACUUAUUGUCCCUUUUCAAUUAAAUAUGCCUUUAUAUUACAUUAAUAUUAGUAAGUUUUUAUUAUGUUUUAGUGUUAUUUAAGUAAAUUUUUCUUGUUUUU